GCCAGAGGCCAAAUGCAGAGGAUGGAAGGAGCUUCCUGAGUCACCUGCCUCCAGCCUCAACCAAGUGGAGGGCGAUCUUUGUGUCUGCCACCCUAGAAGCAGCCCUUAACCCUCUAAGCACCUAGGAAUCCACGCAGUCCCGGACUAUUUGAUUCACCUGUCCCCAGAACACAGCCAGCAGGUCCAUGGCUGGCAGGCCUGUGCCCCCCGGACGUCAGGAAGAGGACACUACCAAAGACCCCGGGCUGAAACUAUCGCUGGUGAGGCCUCCAGGCCACCUGCCCAGUAUCGAUGAGGCCCGACUGGCAGGUCUGGGCCCGUCCUCCCGUCGUGGCUCUGUGUUGGCCCCAGCCUCAUCCUUCUCACGUCGCAACUCGCUGGCAGGACCAGGCGCAGGUCCUGGGGGUCGGCGACCAUCUCUGGGCCCAAUGCCUCCUCUGGGCUCAAGGGUUAGCUUCUCAGGGCUGCCGCUGGCCCCCCUGCGUCAGGUGGCGCCCUCCUACCGCACAGAGCCUGCACCAGGGGAGCGCUGGGAGGCCGCUCGCGUACAGCACUCCCUGGAGGCAGCGCUGGCCACCAGGCUGUGCCACGCCUGCUACUCGGGCACCGAGGCCGGGCCGCUGGCUCGGGAGCUGUGCGAGCUGGUGCGUGUGCACCUGCGUGAGCUCUGUCCCCCGCGCUACAAGCUGGUGUGCAACGUGGUGCUCGGGCCGCGCGCCGGCCAGGGCAUGCACGUGGUCAGCCGCGCACUCUGGGACGCCGAGCGCGACGGGCUGGCCUCCACCACCUUCACCAACGCCUCCCUCUUCGCUGUGGCCGUGGUCCACGGGCUCUACUGCGAGUGAGGAAGCCUCCAAGUUCUGCAAAAACAGUUUAUUAUC